AUGUCGCAUUCCGACGCAUCCCAUCGUCCAGUCGAAAAGGUAUUCUUUCGAACGUUGGACGGCUUGCGACUAUGCGGCAACCUCUAUCCUGCAGCAAAGCGCGGCCCCGCAGUCAUCAUCAAUCCGGGUAUGGGAUGCGUGAAGGAGAUGUUCGUCCCAGAGGUCGCCGAGUAUCUGCAAAGGGCUGGCAUCACAGCCUUUGCGUACGACCCACGCAAUCUUGGGGAGAGUGAAGGCUCUCCUCGGAACGACAUCGAUCCACUCAAGCAAAUUUCCGACUACUCGGACGCUCUGACCUUCCUCAAGAGCAAUCCCAUCGUCGACUCCGGUCAGAUCGUCUUCUGGGGCCAGUCCUUUGCCGGAACUGCAGCGCUCUGCGCUGCAGCUCUCGACCAUCGAGCAAAAGCAGUCGUUGCUGUGUGCCCGAACUUGAAGUUCGAUCGCGAUUGGAACAAAUACAAGAUCGCCCUCGCCAAGUCCAUGCAGGACCGAGAAUCUCAACUGGCAGGCAACGAUCCAUAUUACCUGCCGGUACUGGACAUCAAUCACGAACGCCCUGGAGGCAUGUCGAACGGUAUCAAAUCGUCGGAAGCAGAUUACAUGCGCAGACUGAAGGAGCUGGGUGCUGUCAACUACGAGAAUCGUGUGACAAUCCAGUCUUACUACAAGAUCAUUACCUGGUCUCCGCUUUCGAUGAUUGCGCGUCUGGAAAGCACUCCUUCGCUCAUUAUCGUUCCUGAACUUGAUACCCUAUCUCCAGCGGAAGAGCAGAUUGCAAUGGUGGAAAGCUUGCGAGGUCCCAAGAAAAUGUACAUAGCACCCGGGAGGAAUCACAUGGACAUCUUGAGCGGCGAUGGCUUCGAUGCGCUGUGCCAGGUGCAACGUGAUUUCGUCCUGGAAUCGACUUGCGAGCGUGAAUCGUCAUAG